AUGACCACGUACUACAAAGACAAGGACAGAGCCUUGACGCCGGACGAACUGCGCAAGGUCCAGCAGAAGGUGCAGGAUUGGUGGGCCGCUAAUACCCCGACGGAGGAUGCUUUGGAUUCUGGCGACCGAGAGGAGGGUUUCCUGCCAACAGCAGAGAUGAAAGAAGAUUUGGGGAAAUUAUCGCGAAAGGGUUUGUUGACGUUGAUAUCGAAGAGCCCUGUCGGGAGGCUGUCGGGAACUGGACAAAUGACGGAGACUGUGAUGCAAAGCGAGAGCGAAACAGACGAUCCGAACAGAACCAAACGUGGGUUGAAGGACAAAUACGGUGAACAGGCAAAGACUGCGAAGACUGGGAUGGUCGAGUUUGACAAAGACCGAACACAGGAAAAGUACCGCCUACAUAUCCCCAACGGAAUCCGGUCUGAAGGAGUCCUCGAAGCGCCGACGGCCAAUGCGAACGACCAGGCCCCUUUGCGAGAACCGGGCAUGACUUGGGAUGGGCAGACAGGUUGUAGACGCGGCAUGGAUGAGGAAGGAUCGCAUCCAUCUGGGGCUGGAAGGCUCGGGGGAAAAGCACUAACAAAGAGUGCUGGCAGGAGUGCCGGGAUGGGUGAUACGGGCUUGCCUUUUCUUCCACGUGGAGUGCGAACGACGAUGAGCGGGAAGGAGAUUGAGCGAGACCGUGACACUCUGGUUCGGAAGUGGCAAGUAGGAGAUGAGCAAGCGAUGGUAAAACCCCGACGACGACGAAAGCGAUACCAGGACAGCGUUCAGCGAGCGAGAUAUGGAGAAAUACGCCGCGGGAAAGGAACGGUCGGCGAGGGGCACCGGUUCUUUCCAUCAUUUGACACAGCCGUCGAUGCCCCAAGGUUUCGGGUUUGGACCUACCCUGUCAUGGAAUUAGGGUUGGGGAUUAGGGUUAUCACCGGGUUAGGGUUGGGGCCGACAUACGCGGCAUCCGGUGCUCGGUUUUCAUCGAACUCGCCCCAACUGAUUCAUGGAGAGGUUUGGGCCAGGACCGUAAAUGGUCACCGCGCGUGUGGCAAAUCGGACAUGCCCGUGCGAUUGCGAUCGCCAGCACACAAAGAGCAAAGUCGAGAUGCACAUGGGCAGAACACAAUUCAAACAACGUCAGAAGAACAACGGGCCACCCCAACAGACACGCAAGGGCACAAGAAGAUGGUUUGCGCGACGGGUGCGGUUCCAAACGCACUCUCCGGCUGCAUGGUGCAGCAGCUGUCCAGCGACGAUGUGGGUGGCGGUGCUGGUGAUGCCCUUGUUGGUCUAGGGCGCGGAAGGAGCGGCGGCGCUCUCGUCGAUCGAGUUGGCUGA